AAGAAGACAGUGUUAAGUAAAUCAAUUUCAGUUUCUGCUCUGGUCAAAAUCAUCCCACAGCACUUUUUUGGUGCUCUCCGGAGAUUUUGCUCCCAACUUUUUUGUUUUUUUCGAUCAAAUCGUAGACGCGCAAGCGCAGAUCUGCUGUUUGAUCGAAUUCUGCACUCGCAUUUUUCGAUUUUCAACAAUCUUGGUUUUUUUUUUUUUUUUUUUUUUUUUUUGAGGUUUGAAAUUGGGUUUUGGGAAGAUUUGAUUUGCUGGUUGUGUUUUUGGGCUGUUAAUCUGGAAGAGAAAGAUUGGCAGAGAAGGAAGGCGCAAUAAAUUCCAUUAAUGAUAGUUCGUACUGUAUUGUAGUGAGCUAGGGUUUCUGUUUGUAAAUGUUGGAGAUUGUUGCACGCCUGAGCGUUUUUGACUAGGUUGUUUGAUUAUUUCUCGGCCUUGUGACUGCAUUUAUUCAGGUGGUCAAUUGAGUGAGUGAGUGAUGAAUUGAUUGAUCCGCGGUGGAGCUUCAAAAUUUUGGAAUGUUUUCGAAUCUGGUGGAGCUCUUGGAUUGGUGAUCUUAGGGUUAAUGGUUUGGAUGAGGUUCAAGAGUAUGCUUUGUCGUGAGAAAUGAGGUUUUGUGUUAUUGAGCAAUGGGGUGUGUUUUUGGGAAAGAGAUUCAGUCGGCUAGUGCGCUGAGGAGGAGUGAAGCUGUAGUGAAAAAUGAUGGAGGUAAGGAAGGGGAAAAGGAUCUCACGGAUAGGUCAGGUAGGAAGGAGAAAGUAGUGGUUGGAUCAGCGAGUAAAUCACAGGAGGAUGAUGUUGCUGCUGGUGGAGCUCUGAAUGGUGGCGAGCACAAAGAUGAGGAUCGAAAGAAAGAGCAUUCGAGGCGUCCGAGGGGGGAGAGGAGACGGUCCCGAGCAAAUCCACGGCUAAGUAAUCCACCAAAGCAUAUCCAUGGUGAGCAAGUGGCUGCUGGAUGGCCUUCCUGGCUCUCUGCUGUGGCCGGAGAAGCUAUCAAUGGCUGGACGCCUCGUCGGGCUGAUUCAUUUGAGAAAAUUGACAAGAUUGGACAAGGCACUUAUAGCAAUGUGUAUAAAGCUAGAGAUACUAUCAGUGGAAAGAUUGUUGCAUUAAAGAAGGUUAGAUUUGAUAAUUUGGAACCCGAGAGUGUGAGGUUUAUGGCAAGGGAGAUCUUGAUUCUGCGCCGUCUGGAUCAUCCGAAUGUUGUGAAAUUGCAAGGGCUGGUAACAUCAAGAAUGUCGUGUAGUUUGUAUCUAGUGUUCGACUAUAUGGAGCAUGAUCUGGCGGGCCUUGCUUCGAGCCCUGGAAUAAAGUUUACCGAGCCUCAGGUAAAAUGCUACAUGUAUCAGUUGUUGUCGGGCCUUGAGCAUUGCCACAAACGCCAUGUGUUGCAUCGUGAUAUUAAGGGGUCGAAUCUACUGAUUGAUGAUGGAGGGGUUCUUAAGAUCGCUGAUUUUGGCUUAGCUUCCACCUUUGACCCUAAUAACAAGCAGCCCAUGACUAGUCGGGUUGUUACCCUUUGGUAUAGGCCACCCGAGCUGCUUCUUGGUGCCACUGAGUACGGUGUGGGUGUAGACUUGUGGAGUGCAGGAUGCAUUUUAGCUGAGCUUUUUGCUGGGAAGCCCAUCAUGACCGGCAGAACUGAGGUGGAACAGCUGCACCGGAUUUUCAAGCUCUGUGGUUCUCCAUCAGAAGAAUAUUGGAAAAAGUCGAGGCUUCCUCAUGCAACUAUAUUCAAACCGCAGCAAUCAUACAAAAGAUGCAUAAGGGAAACAUUUAAAGAUUUUCCUUCAUCUUCACUGCCUUUAAUCGAUACUCUCCUUUCAAUUGAUCCUAGUGAGCGCAAAACUGCCACAGCUGCACUAAGUAGUGAAUUCUUCACAACCAAGCCGUAUGCAUGUGAUCCCUCAAGCCUCCCAAAAUACCCACCUAGUAAAGAGAUGGAUGCUAAACGCCGUGAUGAAGAAGCUCGGAGAUUGAGAGCAGCUGGUAAAGCUCAAGCUGAUGUGAAGAAAACAAGAACACGCGAUCGGGGAUUACGUGCCAUUCCUGCACCUGAAGCCAAUGCAGAGCUGCAAGUCAAUAUUGAUAGACGUCGCCUAAUCUCACACGCGAAUGCAAAAAGCAAAAGUGAAAAAUUCCCCCCACCGCAUCAAGAUGGAGGAAUUGGUUAUCCUUUGGGGUCAUCUCAGCACAUUGACCCGACCUUUGAUCCUCCCGACAUACCAUUCUCUUCCAUGAACUUCUCAUAUGCCAAAGAGCCUAUUCAAACUUGGUCUGGCCCAUUAGUUGAUUCUGUCGGGGGAAGAAAAAUGAAGCAGCCGAAGAAAGAUCAUUGGAAAGACAAGGGAUCUAAUAUGUACAAUGAGAAACAUGUGUUAUAAUACUUUAUUAGCUUAUACAUGUCGGCAGAUCAACCACACGGAGGUGCAGCGACUGCAAGUUUACGCUGCUGUUAUGACUGCACCGGGAAAUAUUACCGAAAUCAUAUCAGAGGUAAACAUUCGAAAAAAAAGAACAAAACUUAUCUAUUUUUCUCCAGAAUUCCUUGUUUCUGCUUAUGGGUUUUACACGAUCAUGACAGGCAUUAUUUUUUUCUUAUUUCUUUCUGGUUACAAAUGUCAUUUUUUCUUUAAGCAUUAUAAUUACGAGCUGAACUCGAUUUCUUUGUU